CAGCACGGCCCGCGCCUCCUUCUCCAGCUCCUCGUUCUCCGCCAGCACCUCCGCCAAGGAGACCACCGGCUCCUCCGCGCCGCAGCCGCCGCCCGCCGGCUCGGCGCCCUCCGCCGCCGCCGCCUCCAUCACCGGGACGCGAGGCCGAGGCGGGAAACACGCGGCCGAGGCGCCAGGGGGCGCCCCAGCGGAAGCGGAAGCGCGCCCGCCCCACGUGACGGCGGGGCGGGGCGGGUCUGGCGGCAGGAUGGAGCUGGUGGCGGAGUUGCGGGACCGCGACGGGCGGACGCGGUCGGUGCGGGUGCCGCUGCCGCGCCCGGCGGAGGAGGAGGGCGAGAGCGGCCAGCUGCGGGAGCUGCGGCGGGGCCUGGCCGAGCUGCAGCAGCGGGUGGCGGAGCUGCUGGCGCCGCUGGUGCAGGAGGAGAGAGAGGCGGCGGGCGACGGCGGCGGCGGGGGGCAGCCCGGUAACGACGAGGACGAUGAGGAAGAGGAGGAGGAUGACGAUGAGGAAGGCGAAGGCAUCAUGGACGCUGAGGCGGGCGCCAGCGACCCGCCUGCGAAGCGGACGCGAGUUCAGCAGCUCUGACGGUGGCGCUGGGGACCCGGCUGAGGCCGAGAAAGGGAGGCUGCGGGUGCCGGUGUCCCGGGCCGGGGCGGGCCGCAGGCGCCCCCGUCUCUGCCGCUCCUGGCUUAAAAGCGAAAUGUCGCUCCCGACAGGAUUUUAACGCGGGAGCCUGAACGAAGGUCCGCGGCGUGGCGUUGGCGGUGUGCUGGUGACAGGGACCCCUGUUACGGUGAGAGGAACCUUGAGAGCUGACAACUAUAAAACUGUUCUCACAAGUCUCCCGACUGCUACAUUUCUGAUGGCUUUUUCCAAGUCAUGGCAUUUCUUCACCUGAGUUUUAAAAUAAAGUAAUAAAAUCUGGAAAGAGUUAACUUUUGUCAGAUGGGAUCUUAGAGUGGUACAAGACCCAGAGAAGCUGUGGCUGCCCCAUCCCUGGAGGUGUUCAAGGCCAGGCUGGACGGGGCUUUGAGCAGCCUGGUCUGGUGGGAGGUGUCCCUGCCCGGGGCAGGGGGUUGGAACUGGAUGGUCUUUAAGGUCCCUUCCAACCCAAACCAUUCUGUGAUUCUAGAAGACAACUUCUAUUUGUGUGGAGACAAAGUACACUAUAGCAUUCAAAAUUAAAACACACCUGUAGGACUCCAUCCAUUCCCUCCACAGUCCCACAAUGAAAGGUUAUUUUCCCCCAUUAUCUAAAAGGCUUAUUUUAGUCACCCAUCAAUCAUUUUCCUGGGAAAGAUCAUAGACAAAGUAGAUUGAAAGAGUUGGGAAUCUCGGUUUCAAAGAAAUCCUCAGUUUUUGUGACAGCCAGGAAAGUGACAAGCCGGUGCAACUUAGGGAAUUAUUUUUAAUAUUCCACAAUUCAAAACUGCUGUCUGUCCUAAGCAUGUUUUCUCCAAAUGUUUGGGGUUUUUUUCACGCAGUGGUCAAUCUUACGUACUUUCUUCCAUCACUGAGUUGUUUUAUCCAGCUGGAUUUUUAGGGUCAUUUGGUAGCAGAGUCAAAUAAAGCAAAGAGCAAAACUUAAUAUUCUGCCUAUGCAGAACUCUCAACUUUUGCUUAGAAAUAAGAAAAGAGCAUAAUUAUUUUUGGAGAUACUUUCUAAAACCAAAACUUUGGGCAGAUACUAGGGUAAAAGUAGCAGGGUUCUACACUGGUUGCUGUACUUUAUUCUAGAGGGGAAGAAAAUAUAAAUACUGAAGUAACACCUACGAGUACAUGAUGUGUAGCGCUUCUUGGCUGUAUAAACCAGCAUAACCCAAUCCCCCUGCCAAAGCAUCUUGUUCUUUCUUUUGAUGGCAAUGCAGAUAGAUACUAAAUCUGACUGAUUUAAUAGUGUGAAAAGCAUUUUUUUUUCAUUUCUAUAUGUUCCACUAGCAUAAGUUAUGUAUUAUGGAAACUGAGCAAAUCUUGAGACUUGUGUACAGAGGACAAAGUAUAAUAUGAUAAAUUUUUUAUGAGCACAAAAUUGUCUG